AUGAUGUACCUGGACUCCCCUGCCGGUGUUGGGAUGUCAUACUCAUUGAACAAAUCGGAUUACACAACAGGUGACCUGAAAACCGCAUCCGAUGCGCAUACCUUCCUUUUGAAGUGGUUCGAGUUAUACCCGGAGUUUCAGUUGAACCCAUUCUACAUUUCCGGAGAGUCAUACGCAGGGAUAUACAUUCCUACACUAGCUGAUGAAGUUGUUAAAGGGACAACAGAAGGCUCUGAAGCCAAGAAUCAAUUUGAAGGCAGACUACGUGAAGAACUCCUUUGUGCCAUCCAGCGCGAUUUGAACUCCUUUGUGCCGUUUGCACUUGGGAUGGGUCUCAUAUCAACCGACUUGUUUGAGGAUGUCAGUGCUGCUUGCCACGGCACAUUCUGGGGAAAAGUUAAUGAUGUGUGCCAAGAAAAUAUAGAUAGAGUCCGUUGGGUAAUGUCCAUGUACCAGAACCUGUAA